AUGGCAUCAUCUACUACCCCGUCAUUUGUCCAUCAUCCCGGUGAAAUCAUAUUGGGAGUGGCGGCACAUCUCGGGAUCUCCGACCUCAACGCCCUCAUCCAGACGGCCCAUCGUUUUCAUGAGCUCCUUUCGCAGGAGCUGUAUGGCCAGGCACCCACCCUGAUUCGGAACGACGGCGACACGGCCCUGAUUUGGGCGGCUAGGCAGGGCCGAGUCGCCUGCGUUCAAAAGCUUGUGCAGCAAGACCCCGACCCCGCGAAACUCAUCGAUGGCCGAGCUGCCAUUCAUGAUGCCUCGGCGGCAGGGCAAGAACAGAUCAUCCAGAUGCUUUUGGAAGCUGGCGUGCCCGUCUCUCUGCCUGAUGAUGAGGGCCAUACGCCGCUCCAAUGGGCGGUGGCGCAUGACCAGGAAUUGGUCCUCCGCCUGCUUCUCGCAUCUGGCGCUGGGAGUGUGGCCACCCCAUCGAAGGAGAAUUGGGAGUGGGGAUGUGCGUUUGAGGCUGCGGUGAUGCGAGGCCAUGAAUCGAUGGCUCGGAUUCUUCUCGAGGCUGCUGCGGGCGUUCCGCGGGACCAUCCGGCCGCCCCCAUGAUCCACGACGCCAUCAAUUCCAUGCUCCGUUUGGCCUCAUAUGAGGGAAGAUGCGAAAUGAUUACCCUUCUAUUACAGUAUGACGGCGACGCGCAUCUCCUUCGUGAGGGAAACCGGCUCCCGUUGCACAUCGCGGCGUCACACGGACACAUGGAUGCGGUCAUGCUCCUGCUCGAGCACGGGGCCGAUAUCACCACAGUCGAUGAGCAGGGCGAUGCGGCCAUCCACCGCGCAGCCGCCGGGGGUAGCGAGGAGGUGGUUAAAUUCAUGCUGGGUCAGGGCGUCCCGGUGGACAUGCGCGGGGACGCGGAUGCCACGGUUUUAUUGACCGCGGUGAUUUAUCGACAAGCUACUGUCAUCUAG